CUAUUUAUGUGGGGGAUCCAACAUGGCGGCUGCGGCGAUCCUGGCGAUGGCUGUGGAGCCCAUCAGAACAUAGUGGCGGGGAAGGGGGCACGGUCCGCACUCACGGUGGCGUCGGCGGAGACGGCUGAGGGUGGUGGAGGGAAGAAAAGCGACGGAGAGCAAAAGGAAGGGCGGGCAGGCAAAGCACUCGGCAUAGAACCGAGCGCCGGGGCGAGUGAGGGCAGAGGGCCAGAACAGUAGGGAUGGCGGAGCCUCGCAGAGUAGCGUUUAUUAGCCUGUCACCGGUGAGAAGGCGCGAGGCCGAAUACGCAGGGGCCGAACGCGAGCCGGAGUACCCUCGCGAGCCCCCCCGGCUGGAGCCGCAGCCGCACCGCGAGCAGGUCCGGGCGGAGCAGCCGGUCCCGCGGGAGGCUGCCCCCCGGUCCGAUGCGCAGCCCCCGCCGCGGGAGAAACCGCUCCCCCAGCGCGAGGUCAGCCGCGCCGAGCCGCCUAUGUCGCUGCAGCGCGAGCCCCCGCGGCCCGAGCCGCCGCCGCCGCCGCCGCCGCCGCCCCCGCAGCUGCACUUGCAGCCGCCCCCGCCGCGCGAGUCGGCUUCCCGGGCCGAGCCGCAACAGAGGCCGCCGAGGGAGACGGUGCGCUUGGAGCUGGUGCUCAAGGAUCCCACGGACGAGAGCUGCGUGGAGUUCAGUUACCCGGAGCUGCUCUUGUGCGGAGAACAACGGAAGAAGCCCGUUCACACAGAAGACCCAUUUAAUGAUGAGCAUCAAGAGAGGCAAGAAGUGGAAAUGUUGGCUAAGAAGUUUGAAAUGAAAUAUGGUGGGAAACCCCGUAAACACCGGAAGGAUCGGCUACAAGAUUUAAUUGAUAUAGGCUUUGGCUAUGAUGAGACAGAUCCAUUUAUUGAUAACUCAGAGGCUUAUGAUGAAUUAGUUCCUGCUUCUCUAACAACAAAAUAUGGAGGCUUUUAUAUCAACACUGGCACUCUCCAGUUCCGCCAAGCUUCAGAUACUGAGGAAGAAGAUAUUACAGACAACCAAAAGCACAAACCACCCAAGAUUCCCAAAAUAAAAGAAGAUGAUAUUGAGAUUAAGAAGCGGAAGCGGAAAGAGGAAGGGGAGAAGGAGAAGAAGCCAAGGAAAAAAGUACCCAAACAACUGGGAGUUGUGGCUCUAAAUUCACACAAGUCUGAAAAAAAGAAGAAACGGUAUAAAGAUACUCUUUCUCUAGCUGCCAUGAUACGAAAAUUUCAAAAAGAGAAGGAUGCAUUAGAGAAGGACUCGAACCCCAAAGUCCCAGUGAACUUAAUGACCACCUCUCUGAAUAAGCCCCCCUCCGCUGCUGUAGCUUUGGGAAAUGAUGUCUCAGACUUAAAUAUGAACAAUGCUGAUCCGGACCUCCCCAUUUUUGUUAGCACAAAUGAACAUGAACUGUUUCAGGAAGCGGAAAGUGCCCUAAAGAUACUAGAUGAUAUCGACUUUGACAGAUUACUGGAUGCUACUUCUGAUGGUAGUCCCCUUUCUGAGUCAGGGGGAGAGAACGGAAAUACCACCCAGCCAACCUACGCCUCUCAGGUUAUGCCCAAGGUGGUACCUACACUCCCAGAGGGUUUACCUGUCCUUCUUGAGAAACGUAUUGAAGACCUCCGUGUAGCUGCCAAACUUUUUGAUGAAGAAGGAAGGAAAAAAUUCUUUACACAGGAUAUGAAUAAUAUUCUUCUGGACAUUGAGUUACAGCUACAGGAACUAGGCCCUGUCAUUCGUAGCGGUGUCUACGCCCAUCUGGAAGCUUUUGUGCCAUGCAAUAAGGAAACACUAGUAAAACGUCUGAGGAAGUUACAUCUCAACGUCCAGGAUGAUCGUUUGAGAGAACCUCUACAAAAACUGAAACUGGCUGUGAGCAAUGUCAUGCCUGAACAGCUAUUUAAAUACCAGGAGGACUGCCAGGCUCGCAGUCAGGCUAAGUGUGCCAAGUUGCAAACAGAUGAAGAACGAGAAAAAAAUGGAUCCGAGGAAGAUGAUGAUGAGAAACCAGGGAAACGUGUCAUAGGACCAAGGAAAAAAUUCCACUGGGAUGACACCAUUAGAACUUUGUUAUGUAACCUUGUUGAGAUCAAAUUGGGAUGCUAUGAGUUAGAGCCAAAUAAAAGCCAGUCUGCUGAGGAUUAUCUUAAAUCCUUUAUGGAGACAGAGGUGAAACCAUUGUGGCCUAAGGGCUGGAUGCAGGCAAGAAUGCUUUUUAAGGAAAGCCGGAGUGUACAUAAUCAUCUUACUUCUGCACCGGCAAAGAAAAAGGUGAUUCCUGCACCUAAACCCAAAGUGAAGGAGUGUAGUCCAAAAAAGGACCAGAAAACGCCCGCGUCCUUGGCAGCUUCCGCUGGUGGGCCCUCGACGAGCUCUAGCACAUCUGCCAUGGCUUCCACCAGCUCUGGCUCCACUCCGGCCCAGGAGACCAUCUGCCUUGAUGACUCACUAGAUGAAGACCUUUCUUUCCACCCCCCUGCACUGGACCUUGUUUCUGAAGCUCUGGCUGUUAUCAACAGUGGAAGCAAGGGCCCUCCAGCUGGCUCCAGGAUAAGCAUGCCGACUGCAAAACCUCGCCCGGGACUGAGAGAAGAAAAAUUAGCAAGUAUUAUGAGCAAGCUGCCCCUGGCUACUCCCAAAAAACUAGACUCUGCUCAGACUGCACAUUCAUCAAGUCUUAUUGCUGGUCACACAGGGCCAGUACCAAAGAAACCCCAGGAUUUAGCUCAUACUGGCAUCUCUUCAGGCCUUAUUGCUGGUUCUUCAAUUCAGAACCCUAAAGUUUCCUUAGAACCUUUGCCAGCCAGGCUACUUCAACAAGGACUACAGAGGUCAAGCCAGAUCCAUGCUUCUUCCUCUUCCCAGGCCCACGUCUCCUCUUCCUCCCAAGCCCAAGUCGCUGCCUCCUCUCAUGCUCUGGGAACAUCAGAGGCCCAGGAUGCUUCUUCGUUAACACAAGUAACAAAGGUGCACCAGCAUUCCGCUGUCCAACAGAAUUAUGUGUCUCCAUUACAAGCAACCAUUAGUAAAUCACAGACCAACCCAGUGGUGAAGUUAAGUAAUAAUCCUCAGCUGUCCUGUUCAUCCCCACUUCUUAAGACUUCAGAGAAGCCACUUAUGUACCGCUUUCCCUUAUCCACUCCCUCGCCUGGUAACGGUUCUCAAGGGUCCCACUCCCUGGUUUCUAGGACAGUACCUAGCACCACUACCUCCAGUAACUAUUUAGCCAAGGCAAUGGUGUCACAAAUCUCCACGCAGGGUUUCAAGUCUCCCUUCUCAAUGGCUGCCUCCCCAAAACUUGCCGCAUCUCCUAAACCUGCCACAUCCCCUAAACCCUUGCCCUCACCUAAGCCUUCUGCCUCACCCAAGCCCCCUCUGUCAGCUAAGCCUUCAGUAUCAACUAAACUUAUUUCUAAAUCCAACCCAACUCCCAAGCCUACUGUACCCUCAAGUUCUCCCAGUCCAAGUGUGCUAGCAGCCCAGAGUGGCCGCUCCAGUAGCAACAGCCCAGUCCAUAAACAGCCCAGUGGAGUGAACAUGAGCAGACAGUCUCCGACCUUGAAUUUAUUGCCCUCCAAUCGCACUUCAGGCCUUCCAUCGACAAAAAACCUUCAGGCCUCUUCAAAGCUACCAAACUCAUCCUCCACUGGAACUGUCGGGAAGAAUAGCUUGGGUGGAAUUGCAAUGAAUGUACCUGCCAGCAGAGGUAGCAACCUUAACUCAAGCGGAGCUAAUAGGACGAGUCUAUCUGGGGGAACAGGAAGUGGAACACAGGGUGCUUCUAAACCGUUGUCUACUCCACAUAGACCAUCCUCUGCCUCAGGGUCUUCCGUGGUAACAGCCAGUGUGCAGUCCACAGCAGGAGCAUCAUUAUUGGCUAAUGCCUCACCUCUGACUCUCAUGACAUCACCUUUGUCUGUAACAAAUCAAAAUGUGACUCCUUUUGGGAUGCUGGGUGGCCUUGUUCCAGUGACCAUGCCCUUCCAGUUGCCCUUGGAGCUACUUGGCUUUGGAACGGACACAGCUGGAGUGACAACCACCUCGGGAUCUACCUCAGCCGCUUUCCACCAUAGCCUAACUCAGAAUUUACUAAAGGGUUUACAGCCAGGAGCUCAGCAUGCAGCAACACUUUCCCACUCACCUCUGCCUACACAUUUACCGCAAACAUUUAAUGAUGGAGGCCAAAGUAAAGGGGACACUAAAUUACCACGGAAAUCUCAGUGACUUCCCAACAAGCAAAGGAGAUGAGACACUCAGCUGGCUGAUGGAAUCUACCUGAUGGGAAAGUACUCAUGUGGUCAUAGGGCUGCUGUUCUGUCGAUGUUUACAUUCUCUCGUCCCAAGCACUGUGGUGAGGAGGAAAAAGAAAAGAAAACAUUACUUGAGUUAAAGCCAGGUGCAGGAGGAAGAAAUGAUUUCUUGCAAAGUUAGUGACCUUUGGUCUCUUCUAAAGAAAGGCAGAGUUACCGUAUUAACUGUCCUGAAAGAGACUCAGUUGUCAAACCCACAGAAGUACAAAUUUGUUUUUUUCCCGGGGGGAGAACAAAAGAAAUUGAGGAUUUGGGUUAAACUCCAUCCAUCCUGGGGGUUGAAUCUGAACACUCGUAGACAUAAUGGCAUAAUAAAAGGCAGUAUAUCUGGAAUCAGGCCAGUUUGUCAGGAGUAAGGAUCAUGUCUAUUUGAGUGGACUGUGGAGCAGAUUUGCCACACAAAAAAAUUAACGACUGUAUGUCUGAUACAGACCGUAGCUGAGAAAAUAAUAUACCCUCAAAAAUCCUGAACAAACUUGAAUCUUCUCCAGUGCGUAGCAACUCGCCAUGUAAAUCAGUGGACUAAAGAUGCUUCAGGAAAGUUAUUUUAGCACAGUGAUAUAUAUUAUUAAAUCACCGAGAUUUUUAAAAGUCAAGAAAUGGAGCCUGUUGCUCUUACUAGACAAAACUUAGAUACCCCCUUUUUGUAAAAGGGUCAAUUUCAUCUUCCAUUCAGAAGCAGAUACUUAACUCUCUUCUUCAGGUGAUUUGUGCAUCUGGUAUUGACUGGUUAAUUCUUAUUUCCAUUCUUGAUGUUAAAAUGUGACUGUGUUCACAUUUUUUUCUUGAGAA